UAUAAUUAUAAUAGCUCCUUGUCUCUUUGUAAGCCAGCAUAUUUAAAAUUAUGUGGAAUUAAUGAUUACUUACUUUCUACUUUACAAAAUCAUUUACAAUCAAAUGGAUUAACUGAACGUGUUCAUGGAAAUACUGGACGUCCAUCUAAAACUGAAUCAAGAGUUUUUUUAGAUUUUAAUAUAACAUUUCCAAUUAAACAAUUUUUAGUACAAUAUGGAGCAAUUCAUGGAUUUCCUUCUCCAUUACGACAUCAAGAUGAUUCAGGUGUUUUUAUUUAUCUUCCAACUGGACAAACUUAUGUAUCAGUUUAUAAUGAAUAUAAAAAAAGUUUUUAUCUUACUCAUGAUCAAUCAGAAAAAGUAGUUUCUUAUUUUACUUUUAGAAGAUUAUGGCAUGAGAUGAUUCCUAACCUUCGAUUUCAACCACAUGCAAGUGAUCUUUGUGAA